GUAUUAGUGCGGGUAUGUUUAACUACUCAGGCUGCUACCUGCUAACUAAGUUAUGUGAAAGGGCGAUACAGCACGUAAACUAACUGACCUCUGAGCCACGACUGGGUCUCUCUAUGAGGGGGAAACGAAACUAUAACUUCGCCAUUGCACGAGAAGGACAACUCGCCCUUCCGUUGCCUUUGUGGUGUUUACGGCUUGCUCGCUAAAAAUCCCCCCGCCCCGCUCUGCAAUCGUAGUAGGGCGGCGCUGGAACCGAAAGCGAGUGCUCCACUGACGUAUACGUGCUAACGUAAAGAAAUAUGUGGCUACGGAUACCUUUCAGAUGGACAAACCAGCGACACCGCUUUACAGUUUCUAAAGUAGUUUGUGUCCAGCAGCUGCACAGCAGCAGCACAGAGUUUGCAAACAGCUGCUAUGAUGGACUGUAUCCUGGACAUAUUCCCACCACUGCCCUUCAGAAAGCUUUGUUGGCCGUUGGUUCAGGUGUGGCGGCACUACAGAACCCCUACAGACACGACAUGGUCGCAGUGCUGGGGGAGACGACUGGACACCUAGCUCUGAUAAAUCUCAGGGACAGGAUGAGAAAUGACCCUGAGGGCUACGCUAUCCUAACAGAAAGGCCGAGGAUCCGGCUGUCUACACUCAGUCUGACAGAGAUGGCUUCACUGCCUGACGGCUCCUUUGGGAGGGAGUACCUUCGAUUUCUGGAGGACAAUGAUGUGACUCCUGACUCAAGGGCAGACGUGAAGUUUGUGGACAACGAGGAGUUAGCUUAUGUCAUGCAAAGAUACAGAGAGGUCCAUGACUUGAUGCACACCUUACUGGGCAUGCCCACCAACAUGCUGGGUGAAGUUGCAGUGAAAUGGUUUGAAGCUGCUCAGACAGGGCUUCCCAUGUGUGCUCUUGGAGCUGUGCUGGGACCACUACGGUUAAAUGCAAGCCGUUUACAGUCACUCUUCACAUCUUUGGGCCCUUGGGCUCUCCAGAACGGUCGGCGCGCCCGCUGCGUCCUCAGCAUUUUCUACGAGAGACGCUGGGAGCAGAGCCUCGAGGACCUCCGGCAAGAGCUCAACAUCGAGCCACCUCCUGUCAUACUAAGAGCUACAAAUAAGAAGACCUGAAAAAGCCAAAGAAAAUGAUUGGUUCAGGAAUUUUGGAACUAAAGACUUAACCAGAGAUAUCUGAGAAGAUACUGUGGAAAUGCUUACAGGAAGAGUGUAAUGCUAGUGGGGAAAUGGGAAAAUUUCCUUCUUGGCAAGGCCGUGUAAAAUUCCCUUUCCUGCUUUGCUGGUUUUAAUGAUGUCAGCUGAUGAGUUGUCAUUUGUGUCUGCUGCUUAAUCAGAUGCAGGUCUGGUUCAGCAGUUUCAGUAACCUGUUGUUAAGAAUGGGAUGGGGAUGUAACUGUAUUAACAAUGCAAAUAAAUAACUGAAUAAAGAUCUGAGUAAAAAUUCAA